UUACUGUCUGGGCGGAUCCAAUUCGACUUCCUAUUGCAGGAUCGGUGACAGACGAGGCUAAAGAUAACGGCGAGUCUGUUGUGUUGCCCCAAUGCAUACCUGGAUACCUUUGAGGCAGGAAACCAUGUCUCUCCGAGGCCGGUCAUUUGGUAAACGAGUGUAGUCCAGCUGUCAGAAAUGGAAGAGUCUCUGGAGUCACUUGUCACUACACUUGAAUCAUACAGAGGGAGAGAUAAAGUUAUCAGGACCAUCUGCUAUGGGUCCCAGCUGGUUGGCGGGGUCUUGUCCCAGAAGACGCCACCCGGGAGACCCUCCUCCUCGGACCUCGGCAACCGUCUGCUGCUGUUCUCCGCUCAACUCAGUCACUGCAGGACCGUGUUACGGCUCUUCGAUGAUCUGUCCAUGCUGGCUUACUCCCGCAGCUAUGGCCUCGGACCGGAGGGGUCCGACGGCGGGCUGCGCUGGAUCUCGGUGCUGAACAACGUGGCGGACCAGCUGUUCUACCCCUGUGAGCACGUGGCCUGGGCGGCCGACGCCAAGCUGAUCCCCGCCCGCUCGGAACGCUGGUGGCUACUGAGCACCGCGCUGUGGGGGGCCUCUCUGGUGCUGGGGACCCUCCGGUCGAUCAGACUUAUUGUGCUGCUGAAGAGGAGGCUGAGGAAGUGUGAGAGAGCUGGAGAGGGCAGCAGUGAAACCUCCAGUCGAUCUCAGCUCCGGAGGCAGAUGCGAGGGGAGAUGCUCACUAUUCUCAGCAGCAUGGCUGAUCUCAGCAACGCCAUUCAUUGGAUGCCUCCUGGGUUUCUGUGGGCGGGGACAUUUCCUGAUUGGUUGGUGGGGUUGAUGGGAACCAUCGCGUCUCUGAUUGGCUUGAUUCAGAUGAACGCUAGCAGCACUGACCAAUGAGGGAGUUCUCCUGGUUUGUUCUGAUGAAAUAUUUAGAUGGAUGAUUUGCAACUGAUCUUUAUCUUGUUGUGGGUGAAAGAGAGACCCUAAUUCUGCUCUUGAACGGAAAUUGUUUUAUUAUGAUAAAUUGUUCAUAAUAUGAGUUGAUAUUUAUCUGCACAUGCAACGCUGAAUUGAAUGAUGCAUGACGAGGAUAUUGACAUUUCAAUAAUGUGAAUUUUUAUGACAUUUUUAUGUAAUUCAGGGUUGUAAAUACCGAAUCCGUUUUCUUGAAUGUAUCCUUCAGUAAUCUUAUUUAAGUGCCAACUCAGUCCAUAAACUUUGCUAAUAUUCCUAUAGAUUAUUUUUUGAUGAUUUUGUAAAGAUGCAUUUAACACAUACUACAGUAAGUUGAAGCGAUUCAGAAAAAGCUUGUAACAUACGGCCAUAUCAAACCGAGAAUUAUGGAGGUAAUUUUUGAUUGAUGCUAACUCAUAAUAAAAGUCAAAAUGAACAAAAA